UGCUAGGAUUACAGACAUGAGCCACGGUGCCCGGCCCUAAAAUUUGUUAACAAUUCUUCAGUAUAGUCAAAUAUCCAUUGUUCAAAAAUAUCCAUUGUUCAAAUUUCCCCAAUAUCUUUUUUUUUUUGUUUCCCCAGUUGGGUUAAAAUUUGGCUCCAAACAAGGUCUGCACGUUGCGUUUUUGUGCUGUCUCUAAAGACUCCCUUUCUUUUUUUCAUGUAAUGCAUUUGUUGAGGAAACCAGGCUGCCUGGAAGGAUGAGCCUGGGGGAAUGAGGGCGAGGAAGAGAGGGGGCAGGGAGGAGAGAAGGAUGGGUGUCCCGAUAGAUGUGCCACCCAUGCUGGGGGACACAGGCAGGAUGUGGAGGCCUGUCUCCCUAACUGGGAGGGGAGGCCAGGGCUGCUGAAGGGUGGAGCCCAACCCUGGGUGCCCCCCUCCCUCCACCACAUCCAGCUGCUGGAUGUGAGGGGAGAUAGAAAGACGGCCUGAGUCAGGAGCAGGGGCAGAGCUCGGGUUGUCGAGGGGUCCCGCUGCUCACGUCAGACUGGAGGUGAGGGAGGGGCGGGGCCUGACAGCAGGCCUGGAAGGAACAGGAUGUCUAUGCUGGAGAGGAAGAGAGAGGACAGUGCCAAAACCCAGCUCCUGGCCAGUCCCCAGCUCCUCCCUGCCUGGCCCUAUCCCAGGAUCCCCUCCCCGGCCUCUCAGCUAUGAUCUACCCCAGGGCCCAGACAUCAGGCGCCUUCACAAUGCCGGUGGUCAAUGGUCCAGGUCCCUUGUUCUGCCUUCUCCUCCUGCUCCUGGAACCCCACAGUCCUGAGACGGCGUGUCCUCCUCUGCGCAGGUUUGAAUACAAGCUCAGCUUCAAAGGCCCAAGGCUGGCAUUGCCUGGGGCUGGAAUACCCUUCUGGAGCCAUCAUGGAGACGCCAUCCUGGGCCUGGAGGAAGUGCGGCUGACGCCAUCCAUGAGGAACCGCAGUGGCGCCGUGUGGAGCAGGGCCUCUGUCCUCUUCUCUGCCUGGGAAGUAGAGGUGCAGAUGAGGGUGACGGGAUUGGGGUGCCAGGGAGCCCAGGGCAUGGCCGUGUGGUACACCCAGGGCAGGGGCCAUGUAGGCUCUAUCCUCGGGGGGCUGGCCUCAUGGGACGGCAUCGGGAUCUUCUUUGACUCCUCGGCAGAGGAUACUCAGAACAGUCCUGCCAUCCGUGUGCUGGCCAGCGAUGGGCACAUCCCCUCUGAGCAGCCUGGGUAUGGAGCCAGCCAAGUGCUGGGCUCCUGUCAUUGGGACUUCCAGAACCGGCCACACCCCUUCAGAGCACGGAUCACCUACUGGGGGCAGAGGCUGUGCGUGUCCUUGAACAGCGGCCUCACUCCCAGUGAUCCAGAUGAGUUCUGUGUGGAUGUGGGGCCCCUGCUUUUGGUCCCUGGAGGUUUCUUUGGCGUCUCAGCAGCCACCGGCAUCCUGGCAGAUGAUCAUGAUGUCCUGUCCUUCCUGACUUUCAGCCUGAGUGAGCCCAGACCAGAGGUUCCCCCUCAGCCCUUCCUGGAGAUGGAGCAGCUCCGUCUGGCGAGGCAGCUGGAAGGGCUGCGGGCAAGGCUGGGCCUGGGCACCAGGGAGGAUGUAACUCCAAAGUCAGGCUCUGAAGCUCAAGGAGAAGGGGAAAGGCUCUUUGACCUGGAGGAGACGCUGGGCAGACACAGCCAGAUCCUUCAGGCUCUGCGGGGUCUCUCCGAGCAGCUGGCCCAGGCUGAGAGGCAAUGGAAGCAGCAGCUGGGGCCCCCAGGCCAAGCCAGGCCUGAUGGAGCCUGGGACUCUGCUAAGGUCGAUGCCCUGCUCCAUGGACAGAGGACUCUGCUCCAGGCCCUGCAAGAGAUGAGGGAUGCAGCUGUCCGCAUGGCCGCAGAAGCCCAGGUCUCCUACCUGCCUGUGGGCACUGAGCAUCAUUUCUUAGAGCUGGACCACAUCCUGGGCCUCCUGCAGAAGGAGCUUCAGGGCCCGGCGGCAGGAGCUGAACGAGAGCCUGCAGGAGUGUCUGUCCACAGGCAGCCUUCCUCUGGGUCCUGCACCAUACACCCCCAGGGCCCCGGGGAUUCUCAGGAGGCAGCCUCUCCCUGCCAGCAUGCCUGCCUGACCCACCUCAGAGCCUGCUUUGCAUCACUGGGAAGCAGGCAGUGUCUGGGGUGGGUGCUUGAUCAGCAUCCUCUUCGUCUGGGUGCCCAGCUCCCACCUACACCUGAGCUUUCAGUACACUCCCAUCUUAUUAAAGGUGAUUUCCCUCUCCCCAUGCUGUGAUAUGCUGGUCUUCUUUCCAGCCUCACCCUAAUCUCUGUGAAGGCUUCCACCCCUUCUGAGUAGCUGGCUAGGAGCGCGCUCCAAGCAGGCAAGGAGGCCAAGGCCUGGCUUAACCUCCAAAAGACCAGAUACCCCACGGGCUUUGAACCCUCGACUAUGGAGGAAAAGAGAGCCAUGACUGUAUAUAAUUCUGUCCUCAAAUUCACCCAGAACAGAGAGCAGUGUCCGUCCUGAGUCCCUCCAGCUCAGCCAGCAUCACUGAGCAGCUCUCUCCCUCCCCACUCCUAACUGCUCCAGGGGCAGCAGGGGAGGCGCGUGACAGAGCAACCCUGAGAGGCCAACUCGCGGAACCGUAACUGGGAUUCCCGCUCGCACCCUCAGGUCUCCCUCCCUUUUCCAGCAUCAAGCUCUUUGGGCAGCUGCUGGGUUCAGUGAGUUGGGUGGGUGGGGAGAAUGAGGGGCGCCCAAGGCUGGGUUUUUACCCCUUGCUGCUACCUGGAUCUCCCAGCUGAAAUUCCAGUUAUUAGUGGCCCAGGAGAGGAGAAAGUUGGAAGACGCUAGGGAACAGGGUUCCAGGAGUGUAUCAGCUCAACCCCUCUCCCGGGAGAGCGACCCCACCACCGCAGGCCCUAAUCCGCUGUCAGCAGUGCCCAGCGGAGCUCGGCGUUGAAGGAGGCACGUGGGGGAGGCGGGAGUGGGGAGCAGGCACGUGGUCCAGCCUUCUCAGCCCCGUGCUGCCCCCCGCCCCCCGUGAGGAGGGGUUUGGGGAGG